GAUCUGUAUUUUCCCUUUACUCAUCUAUCAGUCUGGCGUAAUUAUGUGCAUGCUUUUUGAAGUGGGGAAGGAGAUGCUAAAAAGAAGAGUGUUGAAAGGAGAAAAAAUUCCUGAGGCCAAAGCUUUCAAAAAGUAUCAGCCACUACUCAACCGUGUUCUGGUUCAGCGGUUGGCAGCAGGAACUAAGAUCAAGUCCCAAGUGCUCCAGGCCACUGUGGUGGCUGUGGGACCUGGUGCCAUCAACAAGACUGGAGCUAUAAUGCCCGUAAGUGUUAAAGUGGGCGAGAAGGUUCUACUGCCAAAAAAAGAGGCACAAAAGUGGUGCUAGAAGAUCAGGUAAUUGUGUUGUAUUUUCAAUCCUAG